GGUAAAGUCACGUUAGUAUGUUGAUGACAUCAAGCUAACGUGUUUAGCUCGAUAGUCCUAUUUAAACGAAUCAAUUGUAUGAAUGAUUACAUAAACCCUUUUCUUGUGAUCUUGAAUACAAGUGAACACUCCCUCUACUCUUUCAGUUAAAACCAUAGGUUCAAACAAACAACUCAGCGGAGAGGUGUGGCCACGGCUGGAGCCAAAAUGGCAACGACAGGACGGCAGUUUCACAUUUUGCACUGAUUCAUCUAACUUUGAACGUUAGCUAACUAGCUAGCUCAACAAGGAACUGAGUUAGCUAACGUAAACGAGAAGGAAACUCGGGGACAGUUAAUUAUGGCUGAACUUGAUCAGCACGAAGGAGAGCAGGACAUUGAGAAGAAAAUUGAGGAAACGCGACAGAGAUUCAAGAAUGAGUUUCUCCAAGAUUCAACAGAUAAAUAUGACACCAGGGAUGUGGAAAGGCUUCAAAAAGAUGAUGCUCUGGUGGAAGGUUACCUGACAUGGAGACUUUAUGUUGUUGACGAUGCCUUGAAAAUGAUUGAUGAAAGUCUUCAGUGGAGAAAAGAAUAUGGGUUGAAUGAUCUCACUGAGAGCACUAUUCCCAAAUGGAUGUUCGAGACUGGUGCUGUCUACCUCCACGGCUAUGACAAAGAGGGCAACAAGCUCUUCUGGUUCAAAGUAAAGCUACAUGUCAAGGAUGCAAAAACAAUCGUGGACAAGAAGAAGUAUGUUGCCUUCUGGCUGGAGCGGUAUGCGAAGAAAGAACCUGGGAUGCCACUCACUGUUGUGUUUGACAUGACAGAGUCUGGCCUCAGCAAUAUAGAUAUGGAGUUCGUCAAGUACAUUAUCAAUUGCUUCAAAGUAUAUUAUCCAAAGUUUUUAUCCAAAAUGAUCAUUGUGGAAAUGCCUUGGAUCAUGAAUGCUGCAUGGAAGAUUGUGAAGUCGUGGUUGGGUCCUGAGGCAAUCAGCAAGCUCAAGUUUGCGGCCAGAUCUGAGAUCCAGACAUUCAUAGGCCCGGAGUACCUGCCACCUCACAUGGGUGGAACGGACCCCUUCAAGUAUAGCUACCCACCUCUUCCUGAUGACGACUUCCAAACGCCCAUCUGUGAAAACGGACCUAUUGUUAGUGAGGAUGAGAUGGAGAGCAAAGAGGGUGAAACGGAGGGCAAAGAUGCCCUUGAGUCCAGCUUCAACUCUGAGGUUGCGGUAAAACCCAAAAAGGUGAAUUUCCUGGAAGACAGUUUGAGGACAGAGGACAAUGAUAAGGGAGACACAUGUGCCAGGACCAAAGGAGCCAGGAAGCCACUGACCACCUUCAAAGGCCCUCUGCUAGAUGUUAGGCAGACGGUCACACUGACUAAAAGCCAGAUAACAUCCUGCUACACAACAUUAAAGACACAGACUUUGAACAACAACCCCGCAGAGGAGCUCAGCUUUGGUUCUGGAGAGACAGAGAAAAAAAGCCUCAUUAUCCUGAGCAAUGUGACCAAAAAUCAAGUGGCCUUCAAGGUACGGACCACAGCACCAGAGAAGUACAGAGUGAAGCCCAGUAGCAGCUGCUGUGAACCAGGGGCCUCAGUAGAUAUAGUGGUGUCCUUACAUGGAGGUUCUCAAGCCUCUCCACAGGACCGAUUUUUGGUCAUGGCUGCCGAGAUGGACAACAUUGGAUCACAAGAAUUUGCACAGUUCUGGAAAGAAGUACCGAAAACCAAGGUCAUGGAACACAGAUUGCGUUGUAAUGUUCUGGAGAGCGUUAAACCAGCGGUGAGUCCUCUCAGGGACAGCCCUGUGGAGACAGGGACCAGUGGGCAGCAGGAAUUAAGUACAGUGCUCAUGCGAAUGAUGGCCUGCAACUCCCGGCUGGAGCAGAAGCUGAAUACGUGUCUGUGGGUGCAGAAGGUUCUUAUUGGGUUGGUGCUGGUCCUCGUGGUGCUGAACCUGCUGUGUCUCUUACGGCUGGAUACUUCCCAGCAGCCAUCCUGACCCGCCACAGCUCCCUCUGCCUGCAUCUGUCGACCACAGACACACAGACGGUUCCACCGGGGCCACAGUUGACCACCUGAGGGACGGGCGUCCCCUCCCCUCCCCCGCCUGCCUCACAGGCUGCUGUCAUGGAGGGGAGGAGGGCUGACUUUAGGGACAUGUGAGUUGUUGUGGAGUUACUAUAUGAAGAGAUUGUACUUUUCUCUUUUCAGGCACUUGAGAGUAAAUACAUCAAAGACAUUUUUAAUAAUGUGACAUCAAAUCAUUAAUGUAUUUUUUAAGGCUGAUCAUGGGAAAAUAAAUGUGUAUUUAUUGCAAAAGUCACAAUAUGUAGGAAAAAAUGUGUUAUUUUUGUGAUCAUAAUAGAAUUUUUUAUAUUGUAUAAAUCUGCAGAAUAUAAAAUAAACACUUUUUGUCAACUUA